AAAUAGAAAACCGGAAACUUCGUGUUCAGAAAAUGAAUAAUUUUUCAUUCUGUGUUUGAAAAAGGCUUAAAAUGAGCUAAAUUUUAACUUUCAUGCUGCAAAUUAAGAGAUAUUUAACUUCGUUAAUAAUGUCUAAGUCUAGAUUGCCAGUUGUUGUAAUCUUAGGAUGCACUGGAACUGGAAAGUCUAAACUUGCUAUAAACUUGGCUACAAAAUUUGGCGGGGAAAUAAUAAGUGCAGAUUCAAUGCAGGUUUACAAAGGAUUAGAUAUAGUUACCAAUAAAGUUUCUGUUGAAGAACAAAAAUUAGCUCCUCAUCAUUGUAUUGAUUUUCUUGAUCCUCUUCAACGUUAUACUGUUGUUGAUUACAGGAAUCAAAGCCUUCCAUUACUUACUAAGUUGUACCAAGACCAAAAAUUACCAAUUAUUGUUGGAGGCACAAAUUAUUAUAUUGAGUCUCUUUUGUGGGAAGUUUUGAUUCAACCAAAUGAUAAUCAGAAUAUUCUUUUGUAUGAAUCUGAUAAUGAGUCUCCAUCAUUUCAUGCACCAUGUGACGCAGCAGAAUAUACUGCGGAAGUUGUCUUAAAAUACAAAAUUACUCAAAAUUCAUUGGACGGUGUUCCUAGUUUAGAUCUGCACAAAUGUUUAAAAGAAAUCGAUCCUGAUAUGGCUGAUGCUCUACAUCCUCAAGAUAGGAGGAAAAUCAUUAGAAGCUUACAAGUUUAUCAGCAGACUGGUUGUCGCCAUAGUGAACUUCUAAAAAAACAGCAUUCUCAAAUUGGAGGCUCAACAGUGGGCGGACCUCUGCGUUUCAAAAGAAUUCUCAUGUUUUGGUUGAAAUGUGACAAGGAUGUCCUGGAUAAGCGCCUCGAUGAUCGAGUGGAUGAAAUGAUAAGCAGGGGACUUCUCUCAGAGUUGAUUGAAUUUCACAAUAGUUACAAUAAAAAAGGAAAAAAUAACAAACACCAAUAUAGUGAAGGGAUAUUCCAAUCUAUAGGGUUCAAAGAGUUUCAUAAUUAUAUUUCUCUGUCUGAUGAAGAAAAAGAAAGUGCUGAAGGAAUAAAACUUUUAAACCAUGCAAUUGAAGAUAUGAAGUUAGCUACCAGACAAUAUGCAAGAAAACAAAGAAAGUGGAUUGUUAACAGGUUUUUAAGAAAACCAGACAGACAGGUUCCACCCGUUUAUGGUCUUGAUGUGACUGAUUUGAGCUUAUGGGAAGAAAAUGUUGAACAGCCUGCUAUUGACAUUGUCAACUCAUUUAUAGAGAACAAGACUGUUUACAAAGCAUUGCCCAUUGAGGAAGGAACUAAUGAUGUCCAAGAAACACAUUUUUGUGAAGUUUGUGAGAAAAUUUUAGUGGGUCGUCAAACUUGGCAAAAAUAAUAAAUGUGACUGAAGAUAAAAGUAAACUUGACUGCCUCAUGAAUGAUGUUACUUAGGGAAUUUUCAAAAUUUUUGAGUUGGACUCACACUGAUUAAAUAAAAAUAAUGGAUAACUUACAAGUAACUUUUUAUUUUAAGCAAGCAAGCAUCGAGAGAUUUUAUUAGCAUGAAUAAUAUUCAACGGUUGAGACUGGAAGGCCCGCAAAGUCGCCACAGAUUUAAAUUGAAUUAAUUUGUUCCUAACAGACACAGGAGAAGAGAUCAGGGUUGAACAGGGAGAACAGGAAAAACUACAGGGAGUCUUGAUUUUUUCUUUACAAACUGGGAAGAUACAGGAAAUUUUGAUUCUUUUAAAAAAUGGUGACUCACUCAAAGUGUAAUCUAUGAGAUUUCAGCUAUAUUAAACUACUUUAUUUACUGCAGCAUGUUUCCAGCAACUAAUAAAUAUAGUUAGCCUAAUAUAGCAGUAAUUGUUGUAUCCUCUUAAUAUAGUGUGUACAGGGAAAACACAGUGGCAACCCUGAAGAUCAAAAUAUAAAAAAGUAAAGGUUUGUACUUUGACGAUCGCUGUGAGAAUGAUUGUAACCAUAAUUGGAUAUUAGGUGUGUGGCAGUGAAUUGCAUUGAAUAUUCUAUGAAUUAACUCAUUAAUUUAAUUUAAAUAUUGUUUGAUUAGAAAAAAUAAAGGUAUUUUAAAAAAGCUAGAAAAUGUGUAAUCACAGCAAUUAAUAAUGAAUGUUGCUGCCAUUAUCAAUCAAACAGAUUUACAAAAAAAAAUUAUAUAACAUCAUGUAGGCAAUGAUAUUUCAAAUGGAAUGGAGCUUUGAAUUUUUUUAACUUAAAAAACAAUGCUUUGAAUGCAUACAUGAUUGUUAUGGAAUUACUUUUCAAAGAAUUGCUUGCUUUAAAUCUGUUUCCCACAAAUAUUCGUGUAUAAAAUUAUACUUAUUAAAGAUUUAACAAGUUAUUUUAAAAAAAGUAUUAUGAUAAAUCCAAAUUAUGUUUUAAUAAAAAUCUAAAAAAUUUAACUUCUUUUAUUUUUAUAGAAAGUACUAUUCAUUAAGAUUACAAGUUUGUAGUUUUUUACUAAAGUAGAUUCAUUCUAAAACUACUGCUUAUAAAAAUAUGUAGCGCACACAAAUUUAAGAAAAACAUAUAACGAAUUUGUGUGUAAUAACAAAUGUGUGCUUUUAGUUAAUUAUUUACAGACAAUAUUGGAACUACAUGUCGCUAAGAAAUAUGUGAUUUGUUAACUGUGUCCUCUAAUUAUAUUUUAAACUUUUAUUUCUUAAAGUGUAUUUUUGAGUGGCUGUUGCAAAUAAAUUGACAGUUAAAUGAUGUGAAUCUCAUACAUAUGUAGAUUUAGACCCUUUUUUUUUAUGAGCCAUUAAAUAACAAAAUCAUUUUUAUUUCAGUUCAUCUGCAGUCCAAGAAACACUGUAAAAGAAAAGCUA